UUCAUCAUGCUGACCUAUAUCUUCAUGCUGGCGUGGUUGGGAGUGACAGCCUUCACCUCGCUGCCCGUCUUCAUGUACUUCAACAUCUGGACACUCUGCCAGAACAUCACCAUUGUGGAUUCCACUGAACUCUGCUUUGAUCUUCGUCAGUUUGGUAUUGUGCCUAUUCUUGAGCAAAAGACGGUCUGCACCUUGAAUGAGAACUUCAGCAAGUUGUGCCAAUCCAAUGAUCUGAACAUGACAUUCCAUUUGUUUAUCGUGGCCCUCGCUGGUGCAGGAGCUGCCGUCAUUGCUAUGGUUCACUACUUAAUGGUGCUGUCCGCUAAUUGGGCCUAUGUGAAGGAUGCCUGCAGGAUGCAAAAGUAUGAGGACAUCAAAUCAAAGGAGGAGCAGGAAUUGCAUGACAUUCACUCCACCCGCUCAAAAGAGCGGCUAAAUGCCUACACAUAAAGAGCCCCUGCCCCCUCGCUCACACCAGUUACUGCUUUUGUGUCUGACUAAAGCUAAACAAUUGACUCACAGCCCUUGUUACUGGUUCAGUAAGUUCCUAUGCGACUCAACUAUGUGUUUCUUUUUUAAAAAAA